UAUGAGGGCUGUGCACGCUGAUGGUAGUGGUGUUAUUUAUUCCAGAAAAGACAAAGAAGCCGGGCGAAAAUGUUUGGCUUGAUUAUUUCAGGUAGACUGCCUCAAACCGAUUUUGUAGCGGUUGAUGAGAAUAAACUGCUGAUAAACGUCCCUGACAUCGACAACGUGAAUUAUGUUGUUAUUUUCUUAACUGGCAUCACGCCCCUGCCACUUGGCACCGCAGCAGCAAUCUAUUUCAGUUGGCCAGAUGCAAAUGCAGCGCCUACAUGGCAAUAUCUGGGCCACAUCAAUAACACCAAACCCUCCGCGAUUUUCAAAAUAGCGCAGCUGAAGAAAGGCCCGGAACUGGACACAUAUUCCAAUGGGAUGGUCUUUGGUGCUCAGGAGAUCUCGCACAUAGCUCAAAUUGGCAUUUCUAUAGAGCCCGAAGUGACGGUAGUUCAACAAACACCUGCAGUUUCUAGCGCCAACGAUAAUAUACAGUUUGGACAGCGCAUGCUGGAGAACUUUUUCAAUUAUGCGUCCAGUUUUUGCGUGGGCUUACCAGAGAUUCCACCUGCCACGACUGAAACCUUUGUGCCUUUCUCCGUUGUACAAAAUUGGUAUACAAACUUUCAGCGUCGCAUGGAACAAAAUCCGAACUAUUGGAAACAAUGUUAAAAACAAAAACAAUUAUGUGUGUCAAGAAAGUGGAAAAUAUACUUUUAGGUACGAAUUUUGCUAUAA